CUCCCUUUCCGUCUCUGCUCGCCUCUAUCCUCUUCAGCCUUGCCUGCCUGUCAGAAAGAUACUCCAGUGUUGGAGGCUAGGCUACCCUCCUCCCGGACCCUGUACGAGAGCCAGCCGCCGUCGUACCCCAAGGCUCGGGCUCCCCACUCAAGGUUCCAACCAUGGCAACCACCGUUACUUGCACCCGGUUUACCGACGAGUACCAGCUGUACGAGGAGCUCGGGAAGGGAGCUUUUUCAGUGGUGCGUAGGUGUGUAAAGAAGUCAUCAGGACAGGAAUAUGCUGCAAAAAUCAUCAACACUAAGAAGCUGUCUGCAAGAGACCAUCAGAAGCUUGAGAGAGAGGCUCGUAUCUGCCGUCUGCUGAAGCACCCCAACAUCGUGAGACUCCAUGACAGCAUUUCAGAGGAAGGCUUUCAUUACCUAGUCUUUGACCUGGUGACAGGAGGAGAGCUUUUUGAAGACAUUGUAGCCCGGGAGUACUACAGUGAGGCUGAUGCAAGUCAUUGCAUUAGUCAGAUCUUGGAGAGUGUCAAUCAUAUCCACCAGCAUGAUAUUGUGCACAGAGACCUCAAGCCUGAGAACCUGUUGUUGGCCAGUAAGAUGAAGGGAGCUGCAGUGAAGCUGGCAGACUUUGGCCUUGCUAUUGAAGUGCAAGGAGACCAGCAGGCUUGGUUUGGGUUUGCGGGCACCCCUGGCUAUCUCUCCCCUGAAGUGCUGAGGAAGGACCCCUACGGCAAGCCUGUGGACAUAUGGGCUUGCGGUGUUAUUCUAUAUAUCUUGUUAGUGGGAUAUCCUCCAUUCUGGGAUGAAGAUCAACACAAACUUUAUCAGCAGAUUAAAGCUGGAGCAUACGAUUUCCCAUCCCCAGAGUGGGACACAGUGACUCCAGAGGCAAAGAACCUGAUCAACCAGAUGUUGACCAUUAACCCAGCCAAGAGAAUCACUGCCGAACAGGCCCUCAAACACCCCUGGGUCUGCCACCGUUCUACAGUGGCAUCCAUGAUGCACAGACAGGAAACUGUCGAGUGUCUCCGCAAGUUCAACGCUCGUCGAAAACUUAAGGGAGCCAUUCUCACCACCAUGCUGGUGUCCAGAAACUUCUCAGUGGGCCGGCAGCAUACCAACUCUGCUGCUGCCGCCUCCUCCACGGCCUCACUGGCUCAGGAAGCAUGCAAAAGUUUGCUCAACAAGAAGUCAGAUUCUGCUAAGCCUUCUACCAACAACAGUAAGAACAGUAUAGUGAGCGCCAUCAAUGCCCUGAAAGACACCAACAUGGCAACCAACGCCCAGAUGGAAUCUCAGAACACAGUGGUGCACAACCCUCCUGAUGGAGUUAAGGGAUCCACAGACAGCAACGCGACCAACGACGAGGAAGAAAUGAAAGCGGACAGUUCGGCGCUGAGUCAGAGCAGCGCCACAGAGGAGAUGCCCCCACUUCUGCCCUCACCUCAAAACUCACCUGCCAUUCCACCGCAUGACGUAAAGCGCAUGGCAUGGAACAGCACGGGCAACAGCUCCUGCCUUGACUCUGAGCUCUCACAGUCCUCCAUGCCUGCCGCUCCACUAGGGAGCAACACUGUCGCUGCUAUAGGCAUCACUAAGCAGACUCGUAAACAGGAGAUCAUCAAGAUAACGGAGCAGCUGAUUGAAGCGAUCAACAAUGGAGAUUUCGAUGCUUACACGAGGAUUUGUGAUCCCGGACUCACCUCUUUUGAACCCGAGGCCCUGGGGAACCUGGUGGAAGGCAUGGACUUUCACAAGUUUUACUUUGAAAACUUGCUGAGCAAGAACAGCAAGCCUGUGCACACCACUCUGCUCAACCCACACGUGCACCUGAUCGGCGAGGAUGCCGCGUGCAUCGCUUACAUUCGUCUCACGCAGUUUGUGGACACCACGGGCCGCCCUCGUUCCAGCCAAUCAGAGGAGACCAGGGUGUGGCAUCGCCGCGAAAGCAAGUGGCUGAACGUCCACUUCCACUGCUCGGGAGCGCCUGCCGCACCACUACAGUGAUCAGUGGUCCUGAGCCUCCAGUCUACUGGAGUGUGUGUUUUGGGGGGCAGUUUUUUUCAGCGAGCGUGUUUAAGAGGCACGUCCUCUGCGUGGAUUGGCUAGUGCCAGGAGCCCGGCCGGGCGAGAUCGCAUCCCUCUCCACGAUACCAACCAAUCCUGUCCCCCCUUUGACCUGCUGGGGGCCGGCUGAACACAAGACACCGCCCCCAUGGGAUGAUGCAUGCAUCUGGCGCCUGAUUGGAGGGCGAGUCUUUGCCCUCUAUCCCUCCCCAUGGCAGCCAUCUUUUUUCUGCCCGCGCGAGAUGAGACGUCCUGUGUGAGGAGAGGAUUUACAGUUGAACUUGUGACAGUUUAUGAGUAUGAGUUAUGAAUAUGCUGUGUAAAUUAUGACUAGAUGUAACAGAAACCACCAAAACCCAACCAAGCAUUUAUAUUCACUAUCUGAUAAAGGGAGGAGCAGAAGGGAGUGUGAGGUUAGCAGCUGAGAUUUUGGCAUUCUAGGGAUUACCGGGUAGAAAGUGUUGUGCUCAUGACCCGGACGUUGAUGUAAAGAUGUAAGGGAGAUUUCCCCCCUCUGAAUUCUAGAGGGGGAAAUAGUCAAGUCGGCUCAGUCAGAGAACUUGAUGACGAGAGAAACUUGAUAUCAAAAACAUAAAGCACCAAAGUGUAGAACUUUAGGCUUUUUAUGUGUUCAUGUGUUUUCGUUUGUGUGCUUGUUUUUCCGACCGAACGGAAAAUCGUGUUGUUGUGGGAUUGGGGUGGGGGGUGGGGCGUUUGAUUUGAGGUUACGUGUUUUUGUUGUGUUUUUAGCGUCCUGUUCCCUUUUGCGUUCCUGUGAAUAACCGGAGCCUUUUUAUUUUUUUAUUUUACUCCUUUUAAUUUCUUCGUCUGACUGAUCCUAUAUUCAAGGCUCCUUGUUCAAGCAGCUGAGUUUUUAAAAAGAGGGAUUUUAAUUGUGCAAGUUUUAAAGCUAACGUGUGAACACGUUUCUGUCGUCUGUAUGCAGUGGAGGGAGAGAGCGGGCCGGGAAAGGCGUCUGCGUUUUGCAUGUUUGCCCGCCGCCUCUCCCUCAUUCAUCCUUCCCCGCCCUCUUAAACCAUUCCCUCUUUUAACCCUCCCACUCCUUUUCUCUGCUUUCUGCAAGGGCCUGGUUUGUUUAUAAUCACUGUGUAAAUACAGUGUAUGUAUAGAUAUAUGUAGAAAAGUGUAAUAUAUGUACAUGUAUCUAAGAGACACUCAUCCUGUGCAUCUGGGAACCACCUCUGUGACCCGAUCUAGUUUCGGAACACUUUCCUCACCGAUUAAUCAAUUUGCUUCAAUUCUCCUCCUUAUAUUAAAUAUCGGGAGCUCUCGAUUGACAACAAACAUGAAUCGACGCGCUCGGGUGGGCUAUAAGCUCUUGUCCCAGUGGCCGUAAGACUGUUUUUACAGAAGGGGAAUUAAAAGAAUUUGAAAAUAUUUUUCCCAAAAAGAGUUUUUAAACAUAAAGACCUUCAUCAUUGUGUCCUUAACUCCUGAUCCCACAAUGCUGUGAGCCGUCUCUUUAUAUCAUAUGCACUCACACACACACGCACGCCUGGUGGUGUGUUUAGGCUUUGUAACAUAUCUGCACCACUGCUGUGUGACCACGGUGCCACCCUUGCUGUGCUGCUUAAUUGUCUCCAUCCAUCCGCGACAGUCGUAUCUUAAACCCUCCCCUCCGAUAUCCUCCCCCUUCCCCCCCCCCCCCCUGCCUCCCCCAGUGUACCAACGAGACCCUGCUCUUGAGAUGUUUAUUUGUACCUCUCUGUUGUUUCUCUGUUCCCGUGUUACUGGUUUGAGUUUUUUCGUUGUCGUCGCUGUUCCUGUUAACUUGUCCUUUGGUAAUUUGCCGAUCUGCCAAGCUGGAGUUCUGCACUCUCCCUCACACACAGAAAAAAAUCAAUUAAAAAAAAAAACAAAAGGGAAAAGAGGGGAGGAAGUAAAGACAACACAAAUUAACAGAUUGAGUGAUUCAAGAUUGAUCGGGACAAAAUUAUUUAUUAAUGUAAUCUACUCUAGGUGGUUUUAAAUUGUGCCUGCUCAGUUGAGGGGGGGUUUUGAAAGCCAGAGAGAGAGUUGGCGUGGGUGUGCAGGUUUUUGUGACCUACACUGUUGAACCAGAGCGGGAGACCUAGUUAUAUGCAUGUUUCAGUUACGCAUUUCUACCAUGUACCUACCUGAAUAAGGAUGGAGCCUGGUGUUAAUAUAUGAUAUUUGCAUCUUUUGAAAUAAGAAUAUUCUCCAUCCAGAAUGUUGAAUAGGUGACAUGAAAAAUAUUUAAAAAACGCAAAACUUACAAAAAAAAAUUAAAAAAGGAAUUCAGGAGCCGUAGCUUGGUAUGAGGCCCUCGAUGUUAGCGUUUUCCCUGCGUUGUAAUGAUAUACUAUUGGGCUGCGCUUUCUCCCCCAGCCUUCACAUGGAUGCUGGAGUUUUUUUGCAUGAUCAUGAUGUACAAUGAAAUACAACCAUGAAUUGACGACUAUCAAGUGUUUGUCUGAGUGUUAGUUGGUCUUCAUCAUAGCUUUGUUAUUCUUCAAACUUGGAUCUUGAAAGUAUUUAAUAAAAAUACUAUUUCAGCACUG